AUGCGAGGGAAGCGUACGUUACGACUACCCUCCAUCAAAGUUGGCUGCAUGCUGAUAACGCGAGCUGGGGGCGGAAGCGAUGCGAUUGGGUGUGCAAAAAGUAUGGAGCCAGGGUGGGACGAUGUCGGCUCAGGGCGGACUUCACGCUUCUCCUCUAAUUUUCACGAGGCGCAUGAAAGAUUGCUGUGUGGGAUGAUGGAGACAGUGCAGGACGGACUGCGGAUUGAGAACACAGAUGUUCAAAUGAAUAAAUGGGCGGAUUACAUGUCUGAGGAGGCUGGUGUGAGCAGGCACACGGUUGAUAAGAGUGUUCGCUGCACGCCCGAGUCGCUUCCUUCCAUACUGCUCACAUGCUGGGACCAGGACCUCCAGCAAGCACAUGUGCCUGGCCUCCUGCGACUCCAUGAGCUUGCAGUGACAUGCGAUCAUCGACGAGCCAAGAACGGGAUCGCCGCCAGCCAAGUCACCACCCCAAGACAUGUCCACUCGGCGGCACUGCUCCUCCUGAGGCUCGCAGCAGGACGCCCUGGCCGCGAUACAUGUUCACGACGACGAGCUCCCACGAGCCGCGCCCAGGGAAACUUCGUAGCCGUUCCUCCUCCUCUUACCCCGCCAUUUGUUCCGGCUAAACCUCGCCGGAAGGCCUCAGCCAAUCACAUACGGCCACAGGUUCGCGCUGAACCGCGGGCUGAUUUCCCUCCCCCCCAGUUCAAGUCCAACCUCAGAUUCGUCUGUAACCGCGCUGUCCUGCGAGGCUCGAUUGCUUGCUAUGAAAUCAUGUUACCGUCGGUUCAUUGCGAAGGUGUCACCUCCGGGGAAGAUCACGUGCUGUAUGUACAAUUUUUUUGUUUUUCUUUUGCCCUUUCUUUUCUACCUACCUACCACAUUACUCACUCACUCAUCCGACUCGUCAAGUCGCGCUCAUUGCCAUCGCUUUUCCUUUUUUGUGUUCAGCGUUUGUUCACCACAAUGGCCACGCCCAUGAGCGAGCGCCGGGAAGAUGGCAUGUUUACGAGGGCAAUAUGCGCUCUGGCGUUGAAUCUUGGAACUGACAGCUUGACACAUGAGGACAUGCCGAGCGAUCCUCAUCAGCAGGCAAGUCAGUCAGAGGCUGUGCACAGUGUAAUCUUUCACUUCAACAUGUCUCACACAGAUCUCCGCCUCCGGGGCUCGAACGCCGGUGUCUUCGCUUCGCCGAUCGACCGCCACAACACCUUUGCAAAUUUCCGAUUGCUCCUCUGCACUCUCGGCGCCGCUCUCACCAUCGCACUCCCAGCAGCCUCGCCUUUUCCAGAGUUACGCACUCGACUCCCAUAUUUCAGCCGCUGCUUGAAACUUCUGGGCAUGACUGUCAAAGGCGUGGGCGCGAUGACGUUUGUUUGUCUAUUCAUCGCCAUCGGGCCACUUCUGUCCGCACAAGCGAUCCGCGAGGGGCUUCGAAAACGCACGUCAUGGUAUAGCUGGAAUUUGGGUGGGUGCGAAGGCCAAUCGGCCGGCGACGUGCGGAAGUCGUGUUUGCCAAAGAGAGAGGUAAGCAAUAAUUCUCUUCGAGAGCUACAUCUCCACUUGCUGAAGCUUGAAACAGUCUGCCAUCUCCACGUCCUACAGCUUGGGAUACAUCGCAAAGACGUUCAAGGACUCACGCCUUUCGAGCAGUUCGUAGAGUGCUUCCUUGGCACCUCUGCUCUAGCAAAGAUUGGUACCUCGAAUGCUAAGCAGCAAGUCUGGACGGAUGGAUGGGUAAUGAAGAAGCUAACAUCCAGCUCCAUCAAACAACACGCGCAAAUGUCGGCGGAACAUCCAGAAGACCCAAAAACCACGGCGACGCAAAACGAGAUGCCCGGCCAACCUGGACUCCGCAAUCCAUUCAUCUGCAAAGAUCCUGUUCCGCUCAGCAUGGAACAUCCGGACCAGCGCGGGACGCCGAACAAGAGACAAGCGAUAUUCUCGGAUACAGAUUGCUCGCCAGGACUCACCUCUCCGACAGUCUUCGAUCCCGAGGCUCUGCGCACGUAUAGUGACACCUCGCCUGAGGUAGAGGACCGUGCCGUCCUGUCAACGUGGGAGACGUCAAAGAGCAAGCCCAACGUGCUAGAUGAGAUCGAAACCCGACAAGACAGUCUGGACCGUGUCCCGAGACAACACAGGCGCUCAUCGCUGGUUUCUGUGGAGAUUGAGUAUUGGUCUCGCGAGUAUGAUCCUGCAGAUCCAGACAACUAUGAUGAAGGCAUCUCACCCACGGAUAUGCGGGGUGUUUCUCCUGAUUCCCAAAACUUCGAAGGACAGAAUCCGCUCCUCGAAACCCUCUUCCUCAAUCAACGACGUCCAAAAUUCUCCAUGCCACCAAAUACCACGCCACCAUCAAGACCCAAACUAAACGUAUACCAACCCGGCCCACCGCUCAAAGGCUCUCCAUUACCCCCUCACCGGGAUCCAAAGCACAGCCACUCGCGAAACGACACACGAGUCACUAAACUCUCCGACUACGGCAUCCAUCCCCCAAAAGAAAAAUCUGGCCGAUGGUGGUCCAUAUCCAGAAGGUCUUCAGACAAGUCCCGCAUCGAAUCCCGAGACGGGUACAGGCCAAGUCGCUGUGGACUCCUCCCCAGCCUUCCCGAAAGCAUCGUAGAGCAGAGCCUCCGACCGACGUCGAGCACGCUGCGCGAAUUCAGAACGUCCGGCGAUCCGCUGGAAUCGAGAAUUUGGGAACGCGAUUCUAGGACUGCGUAUGAUGUGAUGCGAAAAGGAGGGUUGAAAUCGAAGUCGAAGUUGGAGAAUGAGAAUGAGAAUCGGAGAGGACGGAGCGAUGCCACUGCAAUCGAUGCGCGCUCGUGGGUACAGGCGUGGUUGGAUUUCGAGGAUUUUGGACCUGCUUCUUGGGAGAGAGGGGGGAGGUUAGUUUUACCUUCUGCUGUGUAUUAUGCUUGGUGGGCGAUGAAUCUGGGAGUGAUGGGGUCGACGAUUUUUUGUUUCGUCUAUGCUGCUUCGUAUGAUGAUCCUGGAGCGGCUUUGGUAAGUGAUUUGAAUAUGUUUCUUUCGAUUGUUGAUUGUAUGCUGAUUUCUUUUUUACAGCUUGGCGUUCUUUGCGCUACGAUCUGGCUUACUCUCUUGGCGGGUGCUUGUCUGUGGUGGCGUAGGUCGGGGAUUUUUGAAGAGCAGACAGAGUGUUCUGAGCGGAGCCCAUUGUUAUCGAAGAAGAGGAAAUCCAGGUCAUACGUGUAA